CUUAGGCUUUGUUGACAACAUGGCGGAAAAUGGACUAGACGAUAAGCUGUUACAGAAAACAGCGGUCGACAUGAAGGCGUCAGGCGACAUAUUACAAACACGGUUACCUGAUUUAUAUUCUCACCAUCUAGAUCUGCAAGGCCGACCUGGAUCGCAGUUGAGCGAUAGAUUGACGUUCACUGAUAAGAAAGGCAAUUCCGUCUCUGCUUAUCCAGUGAUUGUUGAUCUCCGACGGCUAAUGCAACUAGGCACAACUGAAUCAAUGAUCAAAGGGGUUUCCAACAAAGACCUCUUGCAUGCUGUUGUAGCUCUGUAUGAUGUGUCCCUGUCGGAGAUGACACCAGAUGUGUUGUAUGCAACUGUUUGUGACAAGUGGGCCCGCACAGUUGUACUUGUCAGGGAUAUCAAAGAGACAGAGGAAAGUCUGAAUACAGCUAAACAGAGUGGAGAGAAAGACAGAAAGGUAUCUGAGGCUGAUGGAGACAAGGAUGCUGACAAGUCUCAUGUGAUAGAUGAAGAAACAGACACCUAUGAGGGGGAAGAUGCCACGACCAGUGUAUUUGCUGACAUCUUUAGUGACAGUGAAGAGGAAGAGGAGGAAGAAGAGGAGAGUGAUGAAGAAGACUUCUCCAAAGGCAUUGGUACUUUCAUAAAGACAGUGUCUGAGAGGAGAAAGAAGCGGAGGACACAAAAUAGCCGAAUAGAGUCGGGUCAGAUUGGUAUUGAGAACAGACUACUGGCAUGUGCCACAUUUGAGAAGAAAUUUGUUCGCCAUAAAGAUCGAGUUAUACAUUUGACUUUGAUAAGCGUCAGACCUACCUACCGUGGCUUUGGCUUAGGAAAGUCCCUCAUGUCUCAAGUCGUGGACCCUACAGUGGUAGGCAACUAUGAGGCUGUAGUUGUUCAUGCUGAUAAUUCUGCUGUAGAGUUCUUCCAGAAGUUUGGCUUCUCUGAUGACACUGUCCUCAACAGCAGAUGGAGUGAACUUGCUGAGCAGUUUACCAACUGUACCUUGAUGUGCUUCCUGCCUGGAUUCACAGGCUUGUCUCUGCUCAACACAUCCAAGGCCAUGGGGACCGAGGUGAUCGAGAUGGAGCAGGAGUUCAACAUGUGGAAGGACAAGACAUUGGUGGCCUAUCAAGCCCAGGUCAGUUGUGUCAUGAGGAUGAAACAUGAGAUUCUGCAACUCAAGGCAAUUGUGAAGUCUCAGUCGGACCUGAUGACCAAAUUAGCAAUGGAAAAUGAUAAACUGCAAAAAGAAAAGGCUACUGUAGAGAAGGACUUCAUUGCAUACCGCCUCUCUACUGCCAGAGUUGCCUUCCACACUGGUGAUAUGUUGACUGAUGAUAACCAAGAAGGAGAUGAAGACAUCUGUACGGACACACUGAUACAGGGCCUGCAGCAGCAGCUGGACAUGAUGGAUGCAAGCCUGAACAACCGCAGUCUACACAUGGUCAGCCCUGAGAAGACUGGGGACAAGCACAUGGUCACAUCUAUAGGUGACAGCUCCUACCUUUCCUUCCCCUGUCCCCGUGUGCGGAGCCAGCAGGAUCCCAAUAACCACAGUAAGGAUUCCACCAUGUUCUGUGAUGUAACACAACAGUUCCAGGAAGGAAUGAAGGCAGACAAGACUAUCAGGAAUACUUAUGAGGUCACCUCUAUAACUAAGGCUGUGCUUCCUGAUUUGGUAAAAAAGGCAUACCAGUCGCGUCGUGACCACCUUGGUGAUGGCAGCAUGGUGACUGAACUAUACUACUGUGGAUCUCUGCAGAGACCUGAACGGAUACAGGAGAUACUGGACUCCGGCUUCUCGGAUGCAGAUUUCUCGUAUGGAGAGUAUGGGAGGGGUCUGUAUUUCUCCAAGUAUCCGUCCAAGGCUGCCCAAUUUUCUGCUUUCUCCCGCCUGGUCCUGGUGGAGGUGGGGCUGGGCAAGGUGGAGACAGUCACAAAGCAGGACCGGACACGCCAACAUUGCAGCCAAAACUUUGAUUCUAUCAUAACCCCUGGCAGAUUGCGGAAGGAUGACUGUGACCCUGAGCCAACUCUACUCCAGGAGUAUGUGGUGUUCGACCUUACCCAGGUGCUGCCACUAUGUCUCAUCUCCUAUGAGACAGCGCUGUAAGUGUCCAAGCUGCUAGUGACAUCUCAGGACUACUCAGCCCUUCAACAUUACACUUGCAGUAGUGGAUUCCAUCCAGGCUUUCUUUCAGUGUUGUAGACAGAUGCUACCUGUGAUCUCUGUGUUGUCAGGUUGUGAACUCUUGUGAUGUAACCAAGCAUCAACCUGUGCCUCACAUGUUCCUACUGUUGUUCACUUCACUGUGCCUUUGUCAACAUGCGUCUACUGGCACAACAUCACAAGACAAGCUUCUCAAGAAACAAGUUUCAGUUUACAUCUAAUCAGUAUGUUUUUGUGAAUACAUUAGUUGAUUAAACCCAAUGUUACAAUCAUAUAAUUAAUGCCUCUGUUUCCGAGUGGCUGGGUGUUAUGCAUACAUCAGUACCGUAUAUAAAGUCAUUCUCUCUGGGAUGAGGAGGAGGAAGGGCUAUCUUUGUCCAUGACUAGAUUCAUGUGCUGUUUUGGGGGUAUUUUCGAUGGCUUCAUGUUUAGGAGACAUUCUAAUUCCAUUAUGUCAGAUAAUUCACUUAUUCAAUAUUCACAUGAACAUUUGCAGUGACAUGCUUCAUGUGUAAAGACACAUAACACCCUCUACUGUGAUAUCUGUAUCUUGUCAUUGUCCAUAAAGAGUCCCUAGACAGGUGUGAUGUGUGAAUUUAGUUACCCAGUAGCCGGUGCCUUCUGGUAAUGUAACUGUACAUGAUCUAGUGUGUCCCAUGAUGCAGCUUUUCACUGGAAGUACAGGAAUAGUCUUGUAUUGUAAGGUGAUAAUGAUGUUAAAUGAUGUUAUAAUUAUCAGCUUUUCAUAUUACCCAUUUCCGUUCAUGUAAUCAUAGAACAGUGAUCUAUGUUUUUAACAGCCAAAUCAUGCAUCUGCCCAUUUCGUUGUUGGGUGUGGGUCUACUCAUAGAGAGAAUGUCCAUCCUCGCAAGCUAGUAGUAGUACUGUGUGGUGUGUGGGUCUUCUCAGAGAUCUGUAUGUCCGUCCUCGCAAGCUAGUCAUAGUACUGUGUGGUGUGUGGGUCUUCUCAGAGAUCUGUAUGUCCAUCCUCGCAAGCUAGUCGUAGUACUGUGUGUUGUGGGUCUUCUCAGAGAUCUGUAUGUCCAUCCUCGCAAGCUAGUCGUAGUACUGUGUGGUGUGGGUCUUCUUAGAGCUCUGUAUGUCCAUCCUCGCAAGCUGGUCGUAGUACUGUGUGGUGUGGGUCUUCUCAGAGAUCUGUAUGUCCAUCCUCGCAAGCUAGUCGUAGUACUGUGUGGUGUGGGUCUUCUCAGAGAUCUGUAUGUCCAUCCUCGCAAGCUAGUCGUUGUACUGUGUGGUGUGUGGGUCUUCUCAGAAAUCUGUAUGUCCAUCCUCGCAAGCUAGUCGUAGUACUGUGUGGUGUGUGGGUCUUCUCAGAGAUCUGUAUGUCCAUCCUCGCAAGCUAGUCGUAGUACUGUGUGGUGUGUGGGUCUUCUCAGAGAUCUGUAUGUCCAUCCUCGCAAGCUAGUCGUAGUACUGUGUGGUGUGGGUCUUCUCAGAGAUCUGUAUGUCCAUCCUCGCAAGCUAGUCGUAGUACUGUGUGGUGUGGGUCUUCUUAGAGAUCUGUAUGUCCAUCCUCGCAAGCUAGUCGUGGUACUGUGAGGUGUGGGUCUUCUCAGAGAUCUGUAUGUCCAUCCUCACAAGCUAGUCGUAGUACUGUGUGGUGUGGGUCUUCUCAGAGAUCUGUAUGUCCAUCCUCGCAAGCUAGUCGUAGUAUUGUGUGGUGUGGGUCUUCUCAGAAAUCUGUAUGUCCGUCCUCGCAAGCUAGCCGUAGUACUGUGUGGUGUGGGUCUUCUUAGAGAUCUGUAUGUCCCUCCUCGCAAGCAAGUCGUAGUACUGUGUGGUGUGGGUCUUCUUAGAGAUCUGUAUGUCCAUCCUCUCAAGCUAAAACUGUGUGAUGUGGGUCUUCUCAGAGAUCUGUAUGUCCGUCCUCUCAAGUUAGUACUGUGUGAUGUCCGUCCUCUCGAACUAGUACUAUGUGGUGUGUGGGUCUUCUUUCCUCUCAAGCUAGUACUGUGUGGUGUGUGGGUCUUCUCAGAGAUCUGUAUGUCCUUAGAUGUCUUAUAGUGCACAGCACAUGCCUGUGUUCAUUCUUCCAAGUGAUAAUACCAGUAACCAAACAAUGACGAUUUAGCUUGUCAUGGUGUUGCUGUUGUGAUUUGUGUUAUCAUAGUAUAACUAACUCUUGCCAAAUGUGAUGUCUCCCUGCUAACUUAUUCCAUGUCUGUGAGCAGAGAUUGCCACUUAAUCUGUGAUAUUUUACUUGUCAACAUUCUAGUACGUAGUAAUGAUGUGAUCAUGUUUUCCAUUCUUUUAUCACCUCCUAUGCAGAGUGAGAAGAGGUUUGUCUGGGUAGCUGGGAUACAACAGUACUUUUCUGGUUUAAAACAGGAUUCAGGAGGUACACAUCCACAUGCACAGGCAGACAGAUACUCUGCACACUGCUUACUGUUAAAACAUUGGGAAAUCAGUUGCAGCAGAUGGUCCACUUAUUUUAUGCUGUUGUUACAUUGUUUGUUUACAAGAUUGCAGCUACCAUAUAAACACAUUCCAAAGAGGAAUAGAUAGGAACUUAUUCCAUAUUAAUUUGUUAAUAAAAUCCUUGAUUACUAA